UAUAACAUUUAUAUUUAUAGUGGCUGCGUUCCUGUUGCUCCUUGCACGACGAGAAGACUUCGAUUGGCUUAACAUACUACCUACUCCUGUUACCCAUCCCUCGCUCUCCGCUGGUGAACAAGAAAUGAUGAGCUGUGUAUGUUGUAGUGGGUCUUCGCUCAUUCCGGCGACUCUGGCCGGCAAAAGCUUCCUAUUCACGGCAAAAUUGCCGAUUCCUAUUGUAACCGCUAACUCAAGGUCCCGCACCAUUAGGAAUUCCGGCAUCUGUGCGUUUAUGGUGGACUCCUCCUCCGAUUUCAUUAAGCGCAUGGAAACAGCCUGGUUGAUCUCUCAGCAACCAAGGCCAAUUGAGUGUUCAUCUUGCGACUCAAAAGGACACAUUGAAUGCAAAUGGUGUGGUGGUACUGGGUUUUUUAUUCUUGGUGAUAACAUGCUUUGUGAAGUUCCAUCCAAAAACACAAGCUGUAUUAUUUGCUCUGGAAAGGGAUCAACGUGCUGCUCUGAUUGUCAAGGCACAGGCUUUCGUGCAAGAUGGUUGGAAGAACCUCCUGCUCCCAAAGAGCAGAACUAAUAAUACUCAGAAAUAAUGGAAUACGGCUGUGAAGUUGAAAAGUUAAUGCCUCAUACACGUGCUAAACUUUUUCUUCUGGAUUUUAUGGCCUACUGACGACAACGCUGCGGCUUUAACGGUGUACUACUUAGUAAGCGAACUUUGUUCAGCUUAUGUAAGGCUGUCAUGCUUCUUGAAGCAGUCAAUUAGUCUACUUCUAGUUCAUUUUGUUAACGUCCGGAAUUGCAUUGGUUGGCAAAAUUCAACAUGAAAGAGCGUUGUUGGAGCCAGUUGUACGAGAGAUUUUCUUUCAGUAUGUAAAUGCUCAAGGGAACUUGAAUAAACAUUUGCAAAUUCAUAACUUUUUUCUGAAUAA